AUGGCAACGCCCAAAUUUCCACGCGGCGAUGAGAACGCCCCACCACGCAAAAAGUCUCCUGUCAAGAACAUUCAAACUGGCUCGUCAUCAUUGCGAGUCCCAGAUGGAUCAAAUUCGCCUUUCAGCCCGACUGCCGCCUCUUUUGUUUUGGGAGAAGUCACCCACAACGAAACUCACGCAACGCUCUACACCUCAAAGAUUCCUUUCUACCACCCACCGUACGAAAAUCCCAUCGACGGGCGAUACUGCCUCCACUUCGACACAUCCGCCGAGAUGAAGAAAUUUCGCCCGCAAGAAUACGAAGCCGACCCCAAGGGCAUGUUCUCACGCGAAUUCAUUCAGAAGAUGGUACGCAUGAUGGAUUCGCUAGAGCCACCAGUCUCUGCAGGUCUGGAACUUUGCACUUGCGUAACCUCUGCUGCUCGUGCUWCUGCUGCCGCGAACCGCGAUCCCGAAGAGUCGCCACCACUCUUCUGUAUCGAUUUUGGAACUACCGAAGGUCGCGAUAUGUGCGAAGUCUAUGAUGCUUUCAAAGACCUACUUGAGACAGAAUUUCCUCGCGCAAAGUAUCCCGAGUGCUAUCCGAAAAACGGCGAGUUGAUCAUCCGCUUCAUGGCCAGCUAUGGAGACAUGCCUUUUGCGCAAGGAAAAGCCAAAAUGUCGCUCGGACAACAGCUCCUUACUCCACCAGAGCCGUCCAAGGCCCUGCCACCAACUAUCGAAAGGGAGUAUCAACACGACAGAGUCCCCGGCGCCAUUCAGUCCAAGAUCUUCGCCGAGCCUUACCGCGAAUUCUUUCCACCAGACGAGAAUUUGUUUGGCGCCUCUCUUUCAGUGUACGGUCAGCGUGGACAGAAUGUAGUUGGGACAAUGGGAUGCUUCGUCUAUCUAGUAGAUGACCGCACUGGAACUUUUGUGCUUGAUGAGAAUGAAAAUCCUCAGAUCUUCGGUAUGACCUGCACACAUGUCGUGCAAAACACGUUCGAAGAGUUUCAUGCAGGGAUCGACGCCCCGAUCGUGAUGGCAUGUCUGAGCCGACGGGAUCGCGAGAAUACCUACUUCUCACAGCUCCAUCGGCGAGAGCAGAUGCAUGAGGAGAUAAAGCGGCUUGCCCCUAAAGCAAUUCAGUACAAGCCGGGCCGGGAUCAAUUUGAGGGUCUUCUCGACGAUAAGAAUCUAGAGAUCAAACAGGCGUUCUACACUCGCGAAAUGAUGAAGCAGCAAUACCUGAAAGACGAGAAGAUCAAGUACGAGGAAGUUGCUGAGCGACGCAUUGGGACUGUCUUCUUGGCGGGAGGCCGCCACCAAGUUGCUAUCACGGGACAGCUUGAAGGGUUCGAUAAACAGCCAGGUCGUGAUACCAUUAUCUCUGACUGGGCUCUCAUCAAGAUGGACCCGAGCGUGUAUCCCAAUUGCAAGAAUCAAUUUCCAGAAGCCAAAUUCCCGCUGUGGCACCCUGCAGUUGCCGACACUGCCCGAUGCCAUCGCUCUCUCACAUCCGUCAAGCCAUUGAAGCCUGAAACAGUCAUCGUGAAGGCUGGCAGAUCGACCGACAUUACCUAUGCGAAGGUUGGAAUAGUCAGGGAGCGGUACAAUGGAGACGUGAAAGCCUUUGACGGCUCCUACGAAUGUUGUGCUUCACCAUUUGAGCCAGGUGCAUUUUUCUCUCGCGAGGGAGAUUCAGGAGGUGCAAUCAUGGAUGUGAGCGACGGCGCGCUGGUUGGGAUCGUCAUGGGUGGGCGUAAAAACGACAUCACCAGAAACUACGUCCUGCCCAUUCAAGUCAUCGAGAUGGAACUCAAGAAGWCUGGCUACAGCCUGAAACUGCACAUGGGUCAUCUUGACGACAUUCCAACGAUUUCGGAGACUGUGAUUAACGCUGCUCUAGCACGAGCGACAGCAAAUGCUGUCCCGGGACAGGCGUGGGAGGAUGGAACUGRCGGGCAUGUCCUUUCAUGUGGCCAUCACCGCGACGGAGAGCUCUGGUAUCACGUCAAGCCCGAAGGAACUGAGCAGACAGUACAGGUGCCAAGACAGAGCUUGAACAAGACCUGGCAAAAGGCCAUCUCGGCUUUUGAGGCGAAGGUCAAAGUUUCUCAAGGAACACCUCUGAGAAAGAGACCAGUCGCCACCACAGGUUUUGACGACUCCCCUGGUGUACAAGUGUCGGAGAGGGUCAAGCAGGCAAGGGGAUUGCGAGACUUGCCCAACAGAUCAAAAUGA